AAGUGAAGUUGUAAAACGAGGACUUGUCGGGAUCAUUUAGAUCAGCAAUAACAAUAAUAAUUAAAAGAACUCGUUUCUGCCACAAAAUUUUGUCUCCAGAACAUUACUGUAUAAACAAGGGUUUCAAGUCUACUGAACAACGAACGCUGUACGUCGUGAACUCGGGAUUCUUCGUUUUAACCCGAAGGAUACAAAUUUGCACGCGACAUUAUAUUAAAGCUAACACGUAACCGAAGAAGAGUAUACUCAUUUGGUACCGUUAGGUAAUCGUGAGUUGUAUUGGGUAGGUUCUGAGGAUAGACCAUGGAGGUUUGCCCUAUACCGGUUGUUACGGUCCAGACCGUUCCCUAUGAUGACCAGAGACCCGGCACCAAUGGGCUGAGGAAGAAGACAAUGGUUUUUGAGAGUAAGAGGAAUUACCUGCAGAAUUUCAUCCAAAGUGUCCUCUCGUCCAUCGACCUCCGGGACAGGCAGGGGUGCACUAUGGUGGUAGGCAGUGACGGGAGGUACUUCAGCCGGACAGCAAUUGAGGUUAUUGUUCAAAUGGCAGCUGCCAAUGGGAUCGGCCGUCUGGUUAUUGGACACAAUGGGAUUCUGUCGACUCCAGCUGUCUCGUGUAUUAUUAGAAAGAUAAAGGCCAUCUGUGGAAUCAUUCUCACAGCCAGUCACAACCCCGGGGGACCAGGAGGGGAUUUUGGGAUCAAAUUCAACGUGGCAAAUGGAGGUCCAGCCCCAGACACUGUAACAGAUAAGAUCCACCAGAUCAGCAGGACGCUGGAAGAGUUUGCCAUCUGCCCUGACCUCCGAAUAGACCUCUCCAGGCUGGGCAGACAGGACUUUGACCUGGAAAACAAGUUUAAACCCUUCAGAGUGGAAAUUGUGGAUUCAGUGGAUGUUUACCUCAACUUGCUUCGCAGUAUUUUUGAUUUCAGCGCUAUCAAGGGACUCCUGACUGGGUCGGAUCAACUGAAAAUAAGAAUAGAUGCCAUGAAUGGAGUGAUGGGUCCCUAUGUGAGAAGAAUUCUGUGUGAUGAGCUUGGAGCCCCUGCAAACUCGGCUGUUAACUGCAUCCCCCUGGAGGACUUUGGAGGGCAGCACCCUGAUCCCAACCCGACCUACGCUGCCUCUCUAGUGGAGGCCAUGAAGGGAGGGGAGUUUGGCUUCGGAGCAGCUUUCGAUGGAGACGGGGAUCGGUACAUGAUCCUUGGCCAGAAUGGAUUUUUUGUGAAUCCCUCUGACUCAGUGGCCAUUAUUGCAGCCAAUCUGCCAUGUAUUCCUUACUUCCAGCAGAUGGGGGUUAGAGGAUUUGCAAGGAGUAUGCCUACCAGCACAGCCCUGGACAAGGUAGCAAAAGCAAUGAAAGUCACACUGUAUGAAACCCCCACCGGCUGGAAAUUCUUUGGGAAUCUGAUGGAUUCUGGGAGAUGCUCACUAUGCGGAGAAGAAAGUUUUGGCGCUGGUUCGGAUCACAUCCGUGAGAAGGAUGGACUCUGGGCAGUGCUGACCUGGCUGUCUAUAAUGGCUGCCCGGAAGCAGAGUGUGGAGGAGAUUGUGAGGGACCACUGGGCAAGACUGGGACGCAACUACUACUGCAGGUUUGAUUAUGAGCGGGUUGACCAGAAAGCUGCCUUUUUCAUGAUGAGGGACCUGGAAGCUGUGAUCACUGACAAGGCAUUCACUAGUCAGAGGUUCGCCGUGGGGAACAGUGUGUACAGUGUGGAGAAAACAGACAACUUUGAGUACACAGACCCUGUGGAUGGCAGCGUGACUAAAAACCAGGGGCUGCGCAUCAUUUUUACGGACGGAUCAAGAAUUAUUUUCAGACUGAGUGGAACAGGCUGUGCUGGCACCACCAUCAGAAUCUAUGCAGAGAGCUAUGAGCGUGACCCUGAAAAACUCAAUAGAGAGACUCAGGCUGUGCUGGGCCCUCUAAUAGCAAUCGCACUGAAAAUUUCUGAGAUCCACGAGCGAACAGGCCGCAAAGGACCUACUGUCAUUACCUGAUCCCACCACUGAACACUCAGCUGGGGCCAAAAAAAGACAUACUUCCAUGAGGUUACAGUUGCCAAAACAUUAGUCACUAUUUGUGCCUUGCAUCUUUCUUUAACAAAACUAAAACAAACAAACAUUAAAGGGUUAUGAAGAGGGAGUUUUAAAGACAAUAUAAAAGGGUGUAUAUUCAACAUUUACUGUACUGUUUUGUUGUUCCUGUUGUUGUUGCUGUUUUUGUGUGUGUGUGUGUUUUUUUUUUUUUUUUUAAAUGCUGCAGUAGGGUCUAUUGAAAUUACAAAGCAACAGCAGAGCUGAAUACUGCUACUCUAAAUUCUAUAAACCUGUUUUCUAAACCACUUUUUAGUUGUUAUUGUCUUUAGUUAUGUUUAUAUGGUGAUCAAUAAAUCAUCCAUAAAAACCCCAGCAGGGUUGAUAUAGAGUUAAGGCAGCAUUAUUUAGCUUCACCUCCAAUUAGAUUGUUAAAACAGACCAAGUAUCUUUUUAGAAAUGUAAAUACAAGUUGGUUGACCAACACCCAUACGGAUCAAUGCACUCAUUAUAUGAAUUAACUUGACAACGGUAUUACAUCAUUUACAGCACUGCUGUUCCUUUCCUACAAUAAACAUUUAGCAAUGUGUUAGUUUUGGAUAGUACAGUUCGUUUACAGGUCACAAUGUAAAAAAAAAUGUACUUAGUAACAGACACGUGCUGGUAUUCAGAAUUGCUAUUUCAAGUGACUGGAUCCAGAUAGAACACAAUGAAAGUUGAAAAUGGCGUAUGAUUGAAGGUUCUUACCAAUGAAAAAUAUAUUUUUCACAUACUAUAGAUCAAAAAGGGGUAGAGGGUGCCCCUGUGAGAGACUGUUUUCGCUCAAGAGAAAGUGAAGAUUAAUCAGUAUUCCACUUGCAAGGCUUUUAUAAUUUUAACUCUCACAGUUUACUUCAGGAUUCAGUUUAAAUGAUGGUGCCGCUAUCUUAAUAGAGACUUUUAAAAAGUAUCAACAAACUGCCAUUAUAAAGAUAACUGCUUAAACCCAAAAUCAUAGAUUUUGUAAUUUUGUGUUUUUUGUUAAAGAUGAUGGUGGUGCCAUAAUUCAAAUGUAAUCUCAGGGUUAGUUGCUGUGCAGUAAUGCAAAUGUAUUAAAGUCUUGAAUUUGCAUUGAUCUUCAGCCAUGGGAGCACUUGUACUCUGUCACAGGCUAAUAUAUGAAACCUGAGGAGACGCUGCAUUGCUACAUAAUCCCACGUGCCUGUUUGUGUGGUUUUAUGAUAUGGCUUUUUAUAUGUAUUGAAUUUAUAUUAAUAAAUCUUUAAUUGUGUUAUGCCUGUGUGCUUAUGUGGCCUGCCGUUGAUUUUGUGUUAUCUGUUUAAUACUUGCAAAACAGCAACUAGCAAACAAUAACCAUCUGCUGUUAGCAAUGAAGCAUUGCAACAUAAUAGAGGCUUUUCGAAGUUUAGGGGAACACAGUCUUAGUCAGGUAGGGUCUGAAAGAUUUUUUUUUGUAUUCGGGGGGGGGGGGUGGAGAAAACACUACAUGCAUGAGGUUUUUGCUAAUGUUGACUUUUUGUUUCUGUUUUCAAUGUUUUUAAUGUAAUGUCAUACUGUUACUGUAAAUGUGUCAUUCAUCUGUUUGUGAUCUUAGCUAAAUAAAGUACUAUAUCCUAA